UGCGGGUGUUCUUGCGCAUGCGCACACAAUCACAAAUAUGCCCGCUGCCUGACAGACAGACGACAGCAAAUCAGCUGGAGAAAUAUGACACGUUAGUUGACCGGCUAGUUUCUCUCUGUCCUUCUUUGUGCCGUUUGACGCUUGAGGUCAGAGGUCAUGGCUGCGGAUUGUGGCAUGUUCGUGGACUGGUCUCAGAUGGGCGAUGUGAGUCACGACGCGGCUCCCGGUAAGACCGAAUAUAAAGACUUAAAGGAGCUGAAGCAGCACGCCCGCUCAGGCCAGUGGGCCAAAAAUCACAGCCAGCGCUCGGCCGUUUACCAGCAGCUGCUCAAAGCGCUCCCGUGUCGCACCGUCACGCCGGACGCCGCAGUCUACAGGGAUAUCGUAGGCAAUUCCAACUCCAAGUGCAACCCAUCCGCUUACCCAUUGCCAGAUUUUGUGGACGGGACGGCGGUGCCAUGCUACUGUCUGAAGGCCGAGUCUGUGGGAUCGGUGCAUGCUGUCAUUUCUUGCAUCGCAGGGCAGUUCCCAGAUAUAUCGCACUGCCCGUCUUUACCAGCAGUGACGGCGCUGCUGCUGCACUGGAGCGCCGAUGAAGCGCAGUGCUUCGAGAGCGUCAGUCGCAUGCUGGCCUGCAACGAACCCGGGCGCCGUUUAUUAGAUCAGACUUUCCUCGCGUAUCAGUCGGCCUGCAUGACCUUCGGCGACCUCGUGCAUAAAUACUGCCCGGCCGCGCAUAAGCUGAUGGUCGCCACGGCGACAGACGUGCUGGAGGUUUACUCCGAUUGGCAGCGAUGGGUUCUGGGUGACCUGCCUUUUAGCUUCGCUGCACGUGUGAUGGACAUCUACUUGGUGGAGGGGUAUAAGGUCCUUUACCGCGUGGCGCUGGCGAUACUGAAGUUCUACCGCAAGCAGCGCAGCGCCACCGCAGGCUCGGCCCUAACCAAGCAGGACUCAGCGGCGGUCAGGAGCGAUAUCCAGGCAUUCGUGCAGAACAUCGGGAAAAGCGUGACGCCGGAAAAGCUGCUGGAAAAGGCCUUUUCCAUCCGCCUGUUCAGCCGGAAAGAGAUCAUGCUGCUGCAGCUGGCCAAUGAGAAAUCACUCCAGCAGAAAGGCAUCACCGUCAAACAGAAGAGUGCCUCUCAUCCAAUCGUAUUCCAGGUGUGUGGAGCCUUCCUGUCCACUGAUUGGGAGGAGCGGAAGAGGGGCGGGAACAAGCUCAGCUUCUUCGGCACUGGAGAGUGUUUCGUCUUUAGAAUGAAGCCGGAGAUGGAGCGUUACGAGUGGGUGGUUAUCAAACACCCGGAGCUGGCGAACGCGUCUCAGGCCACAGAUGAUGAACAGACCGGAGCGAACAACAACAACGGUGGGCUGCAGUCUUUGGAGAAACCUGCAACAGACCCGUCUCACCUGUCCCCCUUUCUGUCCGCGCGACACUUCAACCUCAACUCAAGGAACACCUCCAUGUUUAUGGCGGGAAACAUCGACUCCAUCAUUAUCGGAGGAGGUGAAGGUAACGCUCUGUACAUCGACUCGGAGCUGAACCACGGCCGAACCGAGCACUGCCUGACCUUCGACAACCCGCCGCUGUGCGCUGAGAGCUUCCAGAUCGCUCUGCUGGAGGUUUGGGGCUUCAAAGACGCCAUGGCUUCAUAAGAGCGGCUCCAUCGUGUUGUGAUAGACGUCCCUUCAUGUAGGUUGUAACAGAGACAUGAUGCUCCUCCAGUGCACUAAAAGAUGCGUCCUGAGCUCCAGUGAAGAUUAAGUUUAUUGUAUUAUCCAUUCAAAACAUAUCUCAAGGUUUAUUUUGAUUCUUUUCAUAUCUUUAGAAAGCCUGUGUUGAUCUAGUCCGAAAAUUCGAGAGGUUUUGAUGUAGGAAAUGAAGUUUUGUAUUGAAGGAUUCAGUAUUUAGCAUUUUCUGCAGUUAUGAUUAAUAUCUAAACAAAAAAAGAGGAGCAGAACAGUUAAAUCAAAACCAAGCCUUUAUUGAUGUGAUUCCAGCAAAGUGUCAGAUAUUUGUCGCUGUCAUCUCUGGUGCUAAACACACCGAUAUAUCAUUGUUUUCUCAUUUCAGUUGUGAGAAAUCGGUGAGGGUCAUCAAAAUGUUGUUUCCUUUUUAUGCAAAAUAUAAU